UUUGUAUAUUAUAUUAUUAUUACCUUUUUGAAUGUUCAUUUAUAAUAUUAAUAAAAAUAAAAUUUAUUUUACAUUAUUAUUUGUAACUAUAAAAAAAUAAUACAAUAAUAUAUAAACUGACACUCUCGCAAUGACAGAUUUUAAGCAACCAAUUGUGUUAAAUGCAGCACCUACUAUAGAUCAAAUAAAAUCUGAUCGUAUUACACAGGUAUUAAAAUUAAAUAUUUUUAAAAUUGUUAAACAAUUAUGAACUAAAGUAACCUAAAUUAUGAAUUGUGUAGUUAUCAUCCAAGUAUUGGGCUCCAAAUGUGAAUCCUGAUCAUUACUUGCCUUAUAAUGAAGAUGUCAUACAUGAUAUUUAUAAUGAAGAAAUAUUUAAGUCAAAGUGAGUUACUGUACAAAUUUAAAUGAAUACAUGAAUGUUGACUUUAAAAACUACCUAUUUAAAAAAACAAUAUUAUUUUGAUCUAAUCAUCUAUAUUUAUUUGUUAAGAUUUUCAGUUUUUAAAUCACCAUUAUUACAUCCAACUAAAUUUAUAUACUAAUCCAUAGAGCAACCCAUUAAUUAAUUUUAUGUUUUAACCCUGCUAUUCUUCCAUGUAUGAUACAAUUAAUUGUAUGACAGAUUGUACAAUUUUGUUUGAUACAAUCUCAUAAACGAUUAUCAUAACGUGUAUGAAAUGUAAUCAUAACGAAAUGAAGUUUGAAUGUGUAAAAAAUUGUAUAAUAUGUUUGAAUGAUAUGAUAAAUUUAAUAAUCUCAAUAUAUUUUUGUGUGAAUUAAAGUCUGUAACUGAUAAUAUCAUUUUUCACAGAGAUUAAAAAGUAGUUUCAUCCAUUUAUAAAUAAUUUUAAAGGUCUCUGGACUCAUUAUACUAAGUUUCAAAGUAAAUUGCAUGUGAAUAUCUAUUUUCUUUCUUUUUCAUCAUUAUUCAAUAACAAUGCAAUGAUAAUAGUAGCUUUUGUUUUUUUCACAUGGGAUUCAUAAUAAAUGAAUAAAAAAUUAAUACAUUAUACACUAAUUACAUCUGUAUUGGUAGGUAUUUGAUAGGUUAUAUCAUACUGAGUUUAUAUUAUGAUGCACCUACCAAAUAAAAAUUAUAAGUUGUAUAAAUAAGUAUGUGGUAAUUGCAUACUGCAAGUUCGUACAAUUUGUCUUAAGAUUAUUUUAUUGUGUAUGGGGUCUUUAUUCUCUUCAUCUAUAUUGUAUCAACAAUUCUUAGUUUACUUUAUAUGCUUAUAUAUUUUUGAAUAGUUGAGUUUUUUUUCUUAUAUUCUUAAUUCAGUAUGGUAUUUUUUUUAUUUUUUUUGUUAUUUCACCACUUCCUAGAUAAAUUACAAAUAUAAAAAGAAAAUUAUGAAAUAUUUUCUAUGAGUUUCCUAACCUUAAGCCGCCAAUGAUUAUUAUUAUAAAUAUAAUUAUUUUUUUGUCUAUAUAAAAUUAAAACCAUAAUAUAUUUAAAUUUUAGUUUUUCAGUUAGACGUAUUAUGAUUUUAGAAUUUAGUCAAUAUUUGGAAAAUUAUUUGUGGCCUAAUUAUAAAUCAUUAACUGCUUCAUUUGCACAUACAAUGUCUAUUGUUAUAAUGUUAAAUGAAAAAUUUCGAGAACGUGUAGCUCCUUGGCAGGUAAAUUGUUAUUAUUUUAUGUCAGUUAUUCAAAUUUAUUAAAUUGUACAAAUAAUAUAUUUUAAUUUAAGGCUUUCAAAAAACAACCUCGUGAAUUUGAUGGUUUUAUAGAUCAAGUACUGUAUGCCAGUCUUUCUUCUGAAUACCACAUUAAAGAACAGAUUGCUCUUAUUGUUUUUUUAAAUCAUUGUUUUCAAUGUAUGGAAACUGAUCUAGUUCGGAACAAAAUGAAAAAACUUGUGUCUAUAUCAAUUUGGAUUAAAUUACAAGAAGUAUGCAAUUUAAAAUUAUUUUAUAUUUUCACUUGAAAAUAAUAUCACUAUAAAUAUCUUAAGUUAGUUAUAGUUAUCCCUAAAAAAAAUCAAGCUAAGUGAAAAUUGGUUUUUAAGUAUGUAAUAACUAUUUUGACUUUUUUUUCUUAAUUCAAUUUUUUUCUUUUAACUUGCUGUUGCUUAGCUUUGGCAGAGUAAUUAAUUGUAUAUAAAUUAAAAUUGGUAUGUGGAAUACUCAAUGGAUGGUUGAGUACUUUCUGCAAACAAAUAAAUAUAACUAGUUAUUUUCUUUGGUAUUUAUUAACUCAUUUAUAGUUUAAUUUUACAUAUUUACAGAUAUUUAUGCCUUAUUAUUAUUAUUUAUAUUUAUUUUUUAGAAGCGGAGAACAUUAGAAUUAAGCCAAGUACCUAAAUGGAAAAAGUUAUGGAAUCGAAUACAAAAAAAAAACAAAGAGAUACCACCAGAAUGUGUAAAAACAGCAGAACUUGAAAAGACAUUUUUACAUUCAUUAUGUGUUAAAUUUUUUGAUAUUUUAGAAAGCAAGGCAUUGAAUGGUAAAAUUUUCACAUUUUUCCUUUGUUAAAUAAUAAAAAAAAUCAUUUAUAAUUAGUAAACUGUAAUUUAAGAUAUCACAUAAGUGUUAAUGUUAAACAAUCUAAAUUAUUUUUAUAAUGAACUUUACUAAUUUUAAAAAAUUUGGGAUUUCUUUUUUUUUUUUUAAAUAUAAUAAAUAAAAAACCGACUAAAAAGGUAUAUUUAAAUGUUUUUAUUUUUCAGAUAAUUUAUGUAAAGAUCAUUUAAAUUAUUGUGAACGUUUUUUGGAAAUGCUUAUUGAUUUAGAAACAUCAUUGCCUACUAGAAGAUUUUUUCAUGUCAUUUUAGAUGAUAUUCAUUUAAUAGACCGAUGUUAUUUAUCUCCAAUAAGUAAUCGUGAUGAAGGCCACCUUUUCAAACAAGUUUGUUUAUCUAUUUAAAAUUAAUUAUUUAAAAUUAAUUUUAGUAUAUUGUCAACCUUAACAGCUUUUGGAUAUUUUGAAAUUUUAUUUCCAUUUUGAAAUUUGUCAAGCAACUGGUGAUCCAUUGAAAGAAAAUGAAGUAAUGCAACAACAUUAUGACAAAAUGACUUCUUUACAAGUAUGUGUAUUAAAAUCUCAUGUUCCAUAUUAACAAUACUCUGUUCCACAAUAGAAUAUUUAUUUUUUGCACAUCACGGCUGACAGGUUGUGGCAAUUAUAGUGCCCUAUACAAUACAAAGUUGCCAUAGUUGGAGUUUAAGCGUGAUCAUGACUUUGGAAGUGUGAGAUGUGCCAACGUCGACACAAAUGUGUCUGCAGACUGAGUAUUUUCUUGUGGAACAGAGUACAUAAACUGAUUAAAUAAGUAUUAUACAUAACGUAAAACACUUAUUACCUUAGAAAGUAUUAACUUUUUCGGUAGUUGUUUUUUUACAAUUUAAGAAACUAGCAACUUUCAAAUGUUAUAUUCUUGUUGAUGAUGAAACCAACUUUUGAUUUUUAAAUAGAAGCCUAUUUUUAGUUUAAAUACAUUUUGGUAUGGACAUUUUUAACCAUCAUCAACCCAUUAACAAGAUGUUCCAUUUUUAAGUUUGAUGUUUUGUGGAUACUAGGGCUUUAUUUAUGUGGAGGCUCAAAAAUAAUGUGCAAUAACGAUAUACAAUUCUCCCCUAUCCAUAAAAUGUCAAACAAAUUGAUGGCAAUUGUAAUAUUUAACUCCAAUAUGUGUUAGAACUGAAACUUCUGUUUAUAGAAUUUUUAAUAUAGAUUUCUGUUUAAAACUCAAAAGUAAGCAAUGAUUUCACUCCCAAAAAUAAUAUUUAAGUACUGUAUUUCCUAAAUUUUCUAAAAAUCAAAUUCCGAUAGAUUAUUAUUUUCUAAGAACAAUAUAAUUUUAUUAAACUUCUACAGAAAAAAAUUAUUUGAUAAUGUUUUAAAAACUACCCAUAAUAAAUUAUUUAUUAAUAUAAUAUAUUAUUUUUUCAGGCAACUUUAUUUAAAAAAUUUACGAAACUGCAAGACUUUUCAUUAUCUAAUAUUAAUGCUGUUGAUAAAUAUGAUUCACUUAUUAAACAUUUUAAAAAUUUAAGGUACAUAUUAAAUUAUUUAUUUGUUAAUUGGUAUUUUUGAUUAUACCUCAUACAUAUAUUCUUAAGAUGAAGCUUAAAAAGAACUGAAACUUUGGAUGGGUGUGGCCAAUGUUGUAGGUAGAUAUUUGGGAAGAAAGGAUACAUUAAAUUAUUUAAUUAAUACCUGUAAAUAACGAAAAACCAUUGCUAAUGAAACAUGAUUUAUAGUGAAAAUUUGUUAUACAUGUUUUUAAAAGCUGUAAUAUUUAAGAUUUUUAUCGAAAUUUAAUAUGAAAUUUCCCGACUAGAGUAAAUCACAGUUUGUUCUUGGUAACCAGCUAGAUUAAAAAUUCAACAAAAAAUAUUUCAUGUUGUUUUUCUAUUAGAGCAACAUUUCUGGUAGAAAACUUAAAGCAUACAAAUUUAUAAUGUCAUUGUAAUCCAGUAAUUUCAAAAAAAUUUUGUUUUGGUUUUCUUAAAAUUUUAAUAAAAAAUACUUAAGAUAUAAAAAAAAAUAUGUAAUUCAAUCUUUUAUUAUUUUCCAUUUGAGCAAGUUUUCUAGUAGAAAACUUAAGUUUCAAAAAUUAAAAACAAUGUAAUCAGUAAAUAUUUGCCACUUAACCUAUACAUUUUCCUUAGGGGUUUUCCCAACUAUAUUGAAAAACCUUUGGAAAAUCAAAAACUGAUAUCUUAUGAAUCAAAUAGUCAACAUUUCCCUUGAUAUUUCCUCACAAAAUAACACAUAUAGUUAAACCAAUAGAUCUCUAUGGUAUGCUCCAAAUUUAAAAAUGUAUAUGUAUUUAAUAUAGUUAAAAUUUCUACCCAUAUUGAAAUAACAUUUUAUUAUUUAAAAAUGUUUGUUAAAUAAAAAAAUAAUAAUGUUAUAUAGAUUAUCAAGGAACACCUAAUUUUUAUUAUAUUGGGGAUUGACAUAUAAGUAAAUACAUUAUUAAAAUAGCUUUAAUUUAUUGGAUACAAAAAGAAUCAUUAUAUUAUAAUUUAGUCUAAUUAAUUCAAAGUUCUAUGUUAGGUUAAAUAUUUAAUUUAUUUCUCAAUUAUUAAUUUUAUAAACUACUAUCUCUGAUUCAGUAAAAUUUAAAUUUUAUUGUUAUAAUUUAUUUUAAUUUCAGUAAUCAAGAACUUCAAGAUAUUUCUAGGGAACUUAAUUUGAUUCCUGAUGAAAACAAUCGCAUGGUUGAAAAUUGGUAUCGUUAUGAUUCAGAAUUUUUAAUGUCUGUGCUGGUAUGUAUAGAUAAAUUGAUUUAUAUUUUAAAAAGUGCUUUUCAAUAAUGUUUGCAUGACACCAUGACCGAUCAUAAAGAUAUAAGGAUUAUUAUUUUCCAUAGCUGGUUGGUUGAGGUUAUACUUUCACAUUCAAAGCAUUUAUUAUUAUUAAAUAAAAAAAAAUGAAAAAUGAAAAAUAAAAGAAUGACAAAGCUAUUAAUAUGAAAUAUUUAACAAAAAUUAAUACAAAAUGACGUUAAAGUUGUGUGUAUAUAAAUAUGUAAAAAAGUGCCACCAGCUGACAAAUUGUUGAUCAAAUAUAUAUGGUUGUACAUUAAUUGUAGUGAUGUCAUGAAAUAGAAGUAGCAAUCAUUUUUCCUACUUUUAGAUUCUGAGUAGAGCAAAGUUGUUUAUUUUUGUUUUUUUUCUGAGAACAACUUAUCUACAAGCAAUUUUGCCCAAACUUUCUUUUAAUGAUAGCAACAUUUCUGAAAGAAAAUUUUCAGGGAUCACUAAUAAUUAUCCAAAAUAAUAUUAAAAACUAAUCUGAUAACUAUAUUUCUAAAAAUACACGAAAUAACCCAGAACUAAAAUACAGUUAUUAGUUCUUAUCAAUACAUACUUUAACACCUUAUGCAUUUUCGGUUUUCUUUAAAUUGAUUAAAAACUAGAUUAAUAAUUAAAUAUUGAUAAUUUUGAUAAUUAACUUAAUUGUCUGAUAAUUACCAAUACCUGGAAAUCUCACUGUGGAGAUACUUUAGAAAGGUCAUUUUUGAAUUUUAUCAGGAGUUUUUUCAUCGAAUUUGAUAAACCGGGAUAAAACAUUGGGAAAAUCGGUUCAACAAAUAUUAAAGAAAAAUAUAUAAAGUCUAUUUAUUUAUUUAUUUAUUUAUUUUACUAUAAAAUGACAUAUAUAUAUAUUGUUGACAAAGCAUCGCUAUCAAUUUAACUCUGCUCAGAAUUGUUACUUUCACAAAAAAAAUAUAUCAUAUUAGCAUUAAAAUUUUAUCUGUAGCUGUGAUCAAUUGUAUUAUUAAAAUUACGACAUAGUAACAAAUGACUUAUUAGUAAUGGUGGAUAUAUGGCUUCAAAUGUUUAUAUAGUUGGUAUAGAGAACUUUUUUUUUUUUUUUUUGUGGUGAUAUCACUGUACUGUAGAGGGGAUGCACUUCACUUGUUAAGACGCUUUUGCCCCUGCAUCUGUAUCUUUUAUUGUUUAUUAACAGAACAUACAUAAGUUGUAUGUUUUAAGUUAUAGUUGUAUAACUUAAAACAAGGCUAAAAUGGGUCUUCAUAUAUUUUGAAGGGCUUUAUUACUCCCAAUUUUCAGCUUUGGUGUAUAAUAAAUAACGUAUUAACUAAUUAUAUACAGCUUCUAAUAGUCUUCGCUUACCUCUCUUCUUUUUUCUUGGUUCUGGUACUUCCACUGGGCUCAUAUUCAUUGCCUUCCACAUCAACCUUGACUAGCAUUUUUUCAACUAUGUCUCCAGUUCCUUGAGGCUUUCCAUAACAUGUUCCAGUUCCUACCUUUGUCUUUACAAAAAUCACCACUUCCAAUCCCCUAAAGCUAUUCUUCGACAGUUUUAGAAUAAUUUGGUCCAAUUUGUAGAUAUAUACAAAGAUAAAUUUUGGAAGUAAUAUUAUUAAAAACUUGUCUCAAAAUUUUGAGGUGUAAAUAGGACUAUUAAAUUAAAAAAGUAUAUGAACGUGUUGUACAUAAAAACUAAUUCCCCUCCCUCCCCAAAAUUUGUUUUCAUUUAUGACACUAAUUUGCCUCCUUUAAAUGAGCUUUAGAUCUGCUACCGGUACUCAUUAUGUGAAAAAUAUUUAUUUUUUUUUUGAUAUUUUAUAAUACAAAUAUUUAGGUGUCACGACAUGAAGCUAGAGAAUCACAAUUACAAAUUUUAAAUGGAAUGCCACUUUACCCCACAGAAGAUAUUAUAUGGAAUGAAGCUGUGGUUCCUACUGAAUAUUAUAACGGAAACAAUUGCUUGGCAUUACCUAAAUUAAAUUUACAAUUCUUAACCCUUCAUGAUUAUUUAUUGCGUAACUUUCAAUUGUUUCGAUUAGAGUCUACGUGUAAGUUGCAUAUUUUUUUUAGUUUAAUAUGUGAGAUUGUAAUGUUGAUGACGUUUAAAAUUAAAACUUGACCACUAAAAAAUAUUAGUAUACAUUUUUAUUUUGUAAUUAAUAAGAUAAUUUAAAUUAUUUUUUACAGAUGAGAUUAGACAGGAUAUAGAAGAUUCUAUUACUCGAAUGAAUCCAUGGUAAGUUAAAUACUUAUAAUACUAAUAUAUCAUAUUUACCAUUUUCUAGUUGGCAAAGAAUUAUUUUAUUUUAUGUUUCUACAUCAAUGUAUUGGAAAAUAUGAAUUAAACAAAUUGAUAGUCGUCUAAAUUACUACAGUUCAACUAAUUUGAAGUGAUUUCAAUACUUGUAAUUAAUAUUUUAUUUUUAUUUUAGUAAAUCUGAAGAUGGGAAUAUUUUCUUUAGUGGUUAUUCCAAGAUGGCAUUACCGAUUGAUAAUUUUUUGGUUGUAGAAGUUGCCAAACCUAAUCUUGGUACAUAAAAAACAAAUAAUAUAAUUUCCAUUUUCAAUAUAAUUCUUUAUAAUUAUUUUUUUAAUUUUACACUAAAUAUGAUUAGGCCAUUUACAACCUUCUCGAGUUCGAGCUGAUGUUUCAGUUACACUAAAUGUAAAAAAAGAUGUUCAAGAAGAAUGGGAGAAUUUACGAAAACAUGAUGUAUGUUUCUUAUUAACUGUAAAACCAAUUCUGCCAAUAGGUAAGUAAAUAUAAAUAUAUAUAUUUUCUACAAACAUUAUGGGUUUUUAAAAAUAUUUUAGGGUCUAGAAUUGACUAUCAUAAGCCAUUUUUGCAACAAACAGUAAUAGUUUGUGUUAGAGGUUGUGAAGUAGAAGGCAUGCUGGACAAUAUGGGCCGUGUAAUUGAAGAAGGACCUGAUCCAAGGCCAGUUUUGCCUGGCCAAAAACGAACAUACCGUGUUUGGUUGGAUUGUAAUCAAUAUCGUACUGAUCUAGAUAAUGUUGCUGCUGGAAAAAUAGUAUGUUUAAUUAUUAUUCUAAUGAUAAAAAUGUAAUUUGUUUUAAUUUUUUUUAGGAUGUUUAUGAAACAUUUAACAUAUUAAUGCGUAGAAAACCUAAAGAAAAUAAUUUUAAAGCGGUUUUAGAAACCAUUCGUCAUUUGAUGAACACAGAAUGUGUUGUACCUGAAUGGAUUCAUGAUAUUAUUUUAGGAUAUGGUGAUCCAUCAGCAGCUCAAUAUGAUAAGUAGGUUAAUAUAUGAUAAUCAUUUUGUUGGAAUCUUAGGAAACUACAUAUAAACAAUAUUACUUGACCAAAACAUAAAUUUUUGAAGUGGCUUAAGCUUUGAUGUAUAAAAAAAAAAAAAACAAUUUCUUUUAGUUAAACAAAUUUUAAAAAUCAACCAUAAUUUUAAAGCAUAAUUGCAAAGCUUUAUUAUCUGUACUAAUUAAAACUGAUAGAAGUUCAAAUAAUUAAAUAAUGAUUUUAAUUUUGAAAUUGCUAAAGAAAAUCUUUGAAGGAGUCUUUUAUAUCAUUUAUCUAAAAUUUAAUAUUAAUACAAGCAACAAAUUGAAAUUCUCUUCAGUAAUAAAACAUAUAGAUUUAGAAGUGCGGAUAAUCUACACUACUGUAGGGUGGUGGACACACUUACUGUGUGGUUUUUGUUUUGUCUCUUAAAAACUUUUCUUCUGAAAAUCUUACUUUAUUAUUCAAGUAUAGAAUUUUUUCUAAAAUCGUAUGUGAUAUUUAUAAUUUCAAUUGUUAUGUUUUAGAAUGCCAAACAGAAUAAAGGUAAUGAACUUUAAUGAUACCUUCUUAGACAUGGACCACUUAUUGUCAAGUUUCCCAAAUCAUAAAAUAAUUCCGCACGAGAACAACUCAAAUAAAAUGUUACCUCCAUAUCGGUUUGUUAAAAUGGUUUAAUUUGUACGUACAUUAUAUUAAUUUUUUUUUAUUAUAAUUCGUUAGUAUUCAUUUUCAAGAAACUAAUGAUUCAACAAAUGGUGAGAUCUUGAAAAAAGCAUUUGUACAAUCUGAGAAAACUGUGAACAGAGGUCCAUAUACAUUUAAUCAGCCCAAAAAGUACAAAAAUAAACAUAAAAAAAUAUUAUUAUAUUAGACAUUGAUUAACAUGUCAUACAUGUUUUUUUCUUUAUUAGAAACAUAAUACGUUUUACACCUACUCAAAUUGAAGCAAUAUAUUCUGGUAUGCAACCUGGUCUUACUGUAGUUGUUGGUCCUCCAGGUACUGGUAAAACUGAUGUGGCUGUACAGAUUAUUUCUAAUUUAUAUCACAAUUGGAGAAAUGAACGCACUUUGAUUGUGACUCAUUCAAAUCAGGCAUUGAACCAAUUGUUUGAAAAAAUUAUGGCAUUAGACGUAGAUGAAAGACAUUUGUUACGUUUGGGUCAUGGGGAAGAAGCAUUAGAAACUGACAAGGAUUUUAGUCGGUAUAUUUUUUUAGUUUUGUUUAUGUUAUAGUAUAUAUCUGAGUAUUUGUUACAAUAAGAUGUAAAAUUAAUUUAAUUAUACUAUUUUAUAGGUAUGGACGAGUAAAUUUUGUUCUAGCCAAGAGACUUCAGUUAUUAAAUGAAGUACAGAGAUUACAAGACUUAAUGAAUGUACAAGGAGAUAUGUCAUAUACUUGUGAGACUGCAAUGCACUUUUUCUGGUCUCAUGUACUUCCUAAAUGGAAUAAGUUUCUUACAAUGUUGAAAAAUAUAGAGGAAAAUUCUGAUGGAGUAAGUAUAUUACUUUUAAUUCUAUUUAAAUUGAUUUAUUAAAUUUGGAUGUUAAUGUUUUUAGGCAAUCUCAAUAAAUAUUGUCAAAGAUAAUUUUCCAUUUAAUCUUUUCUUCAGUGAUGCUCCUCAGCCAUUAUUUAAGUGUGAAUCUUUAGACGAGGAUAAGGAGAUAGCUAGAGGUUGUUUUAGGUAUAUAAGUUAUUUAUUCAUAUAUAUUAUAUACAUAUAAACUAAAAAUAUUAAAUUUAAUAUGUUUUCUUUUUAAAUAAUAUAAAAAUGCAUAUAAAAUAAAUAAACUGUAAACAUAUACAAUCACACAUUCACGUUAUUCUAAAUUAUGCGCUUCACUUUGCCACUUUGCCUGAAAAGGGCUACAUUGGUUAGUCUUUUUGCACCAUACCUUUUGCAUUUUUAUGUAUGUAAGAUCAAAUGUGAAUAUAAAAAUCUUAAAAUUUACGACAAAACCACUUUGUUCUCGCAAUCAUUUUUUAUUAAAAAUAAUUUAUUAUUUAAAUAAUUGUAUGUACUACUUUUACAAUUUCUCACCUAUAAAAAUGGCACAUAAAUCCGCAGUUGGCAUUACUUGGAAUUUGCUCAAGAUCUAAAAAUGUUUUUCUGUAUGCAUGCCUGCUAAUAUUAAUAUACUAUAGACUAUAAAUUUGUUAAUAUAUUAAUAUAAUAACAAUUUUUUAUUAAAUAGAUAUAUUAAAAAAAUAUUUAAGCAGUUGGAUGAGUUUCGAGCGUUUGAAUUACUGAGAACUGGUUUAGAUCGGUCUCGAUACUUAUUGGUGAAAGAAGUGAAAAUAAUAGCAAUGACUUGUACUCAUGCAGCAUUGAAGCGUAAGGAACUCAUAGAACUUGGCUUUAAAUAUGAUAACAUACUAAUGGAAGAAUCAGCUCAAAUUCUUGAAAUAGAAACAUUUAUUCCUUUGUUACUUCAAAAUUCUGAUGAUGGAUUUAGUCGAUUAAAAAGAUGGAUUAUGAUUGGUGAUCAUCAUCAAUUGCCUCCAGUUAUUAAAAAUAUGGCUUUUCAAAAAUAUUCUAAUAUGGAGCAAUCAUUAUUCUCUCGCAUGGUAAAUUUAGGAGUUCCUACUAUUGAUUUAGAUGCACAAGGACGUUCACGGCCUAGGUAAUUAAACUACAUAGAUAAUUUAUUGUAAUUAUUCAUUCAUUACAUUUUUUAUUUUUAGUUUGAGUCAACUUUAUAAUUGGCGGUAUAACAACUUGGGUAAUCUUGACCAUGUAUUAACUGCUUCAGAAUAUCAUAAAGCAAACGCAGGUUUCUGCUAUGAAUAUCAAUUGAUAGAUGUUGGUUUAUUUAAUGGUGUUGGUGAAACUGAACCAAAUCCUCAUUUUAUCCAGGUUUUAAACUACUCUAAUCACUAUUUCUAUUAUAAAUAUAAAUAUAAAUAUUUUAAAUCAAUUAACUUAUAAAAAUUUUAGAAUUUAGCAGAAGCAGAAUAUUGUGUUUCUGUUUAUAUGUAUAUGCGGCUUAUUGGUUAUCCUGCAAAUAAAAUAACUAUUUUAAGCACAUAUAAUGGGCAAAAACAUUUGAUUAGAGAAAUCCUAAAUAUGCGCUGUGGUUCUAACCCACUUAUUGGAUGGCCUCACAAAGUAUUUAAAUAAAUCUAAAUGUAUUUUUUCAACAGGAAAUUUAUUAAAAAUUACAUUAUUUAUUUUUCAGGUGACUACAGUUGAUAAGUAUCAAGGUCAGCAAAAUGACUAUGUACUAUUAUCUUUGGUAAGAACCAAAACAGUUGGUCAUCUAAGAGACGUUAGACGUUUAGUUGUAGCUAUGUCAAGAGCAAGACUUGGUUUAUAUGUUUUUGCUAAUGUAUCACUUUUUAGUAAUUGUUUUGAAUUAUCACCAACAUUCAACAUUGUAAGAAUUUUUAACUACCUAAUCAAUUGUUUGUAUUAUAUUUUAAAGUUUUAAUUUUAUCUUAUAGUUAACAAAACGGCCAUUAAAAUUACAUCUCCUACCAGCUGAAUAUUACCCUACAAAUAGAUCACUUGAUGAUUCUGUAAAUAAUGAUGGUCAAGCAUUUAUUGUACAAGAUAUGCCUGAAAUAGCUAAAUAUGUGUUUGAUUAUUAUUUACAACGAGUUCAAGAACUAAAAAAAGUUCAUCAAGUAUGUACUUAUUAUUUAAAUCCGUAUAUCAUAUGUAAUUACUUUUUAAAAACGUCCAAAAAUUGUUUUGGAGUUACCGAUUAAAAAAAAAAAAAACACUAAAUAUAUUUUUUAAAUAUUAACUGGUAAACAUUUAGAGAAACAACAUAGCCUAGAGUAUUAUUAUUUGUGUUUGUAUUUACAAUUUACAAUUAACAAUUAAAAUGAAUUUCAAUAAUCAUUUUCAUUAAUUUUAAUAAUUUUUUUAGAUUACUGUUAUGCAUUAUAACACUUGUAUUAGUUUAUUACUUAAUGAGUUUUUUUAUGUUUAAAUCUAAACUAGUCAUUAGUACAUUGAAAUAAAUUGUAGAAAACCGAGGUAAAAACCCAAAUAAUAAUUAGGGGUGGGGUAAUAGACAAAAUUAUAUUUUUCUUCACAAUCGACAUUUGAUGAACUGAUAUUUUCAGAGUAAAACAUCUCUAGAAUAUAAGGUAAGCAUUUUAAACAAUUUUGGGUUUUCAACUAAUUUAAAAUUUUGGUUAUUAUUAAAAAUUAGUAUCGGUAAAAAAAAUGAACCAUCCUUAAAAAAACCGAAGGCUACUUUUUUUCUUAUAAUGAUAGUAUAUCUAUUUAUUUUGGUUCUUAUUUGUUAUUGUCCCGUCAUAGUAUUAAAUAUAUCCACUGUUGUUUUGGGAACAAGUUUGAGUUUUUUCCAAUAAAAAGUACUACAUGAGCUAGUACUUGAGUUGGCAAAACAAGGUUUCAUCAUACCAGGUGUAUCAUAAUUUAGUGAAAUUUUUGGCGGUGCUAAAAUAAACCAGUACCUUUAAUUUGUAUAUUUUGUAUUUUGUAAUGUAGGAACUAAAACCUCAAGAAGAUUGGAUUAAACCUGGAAUGUCAGUUACAUCUGUAGAAAAGAAAAGAAAUAACCCUGACCAUCCUGGAGCAGAAUCUGAUUCCGAUAAUGAUAAUGGUGAUGGUAGUGAAGAUGAAAAUACCAUUAAAAUAAAAGGAAAUAAACAAACUCCUGACCAUUUUGAAGUAGAAUCUGAUUCUGAUAACAAUGAUGAUAAUGAGGAUGAAAAUAUAAACACAAAAGGAAAUGAACAAAACAUAAUUGGAUCCUCAGAUUUACAUGUUUAUGAUGAAACAAAAUCAGAAAUUAACAUAGAUGGACACAUUUGUACAUCGCCACAGUUGAAUGUCAAUAAUAUUUUAGAUAAAAAUUAAAUUAUGGAAAAAGAUUAACUUUUUAUUACUAAUUAUUAAGAACUCAAACUUGUACAUAUUUUUUUAUUUUAAAAGAAAUACAUUUUCAAUUUUCCAAGACUAAAUUAUUUUAGAUUUUAAGCACAGUGAGGAAUCCAUUUUACUAUGAUCUGAUUUAUUUUCUGUCUAAACAACUUUUUAAAAUGUAGAGAUAUGAAAAUUUCACACUUUUUAGACAUGGUAAAUAUGUGAAGC